UACAGUCGACAUUACCGCUUUAGAUUGAUAACAUGAAUGCUAGGCACCACGAACCUCAGGCGAAAUGCUUUUCCUCACGGUGGAGUUUUUGCAGCACACACCGUAGACACAAUUCCGUGUAACCCUGCCGAGAUGGCUUUACGUUAAUAAACUGAAUAACUAAAAGACCAAGUCGUCUGUUUGAUCUAAGCCGGUGAGGAGAGGGGAAAUGACCCAGCUGAGUGUCCGCCGCUGGACGCCAAAGCACGUUGCUAAGUGGUUGAGAGACGAAGGGUUCUGCGACUAUGUGGAUCUACUGUGCUACAAGCACCGCUUGGACGGAUCCAGCCUGCUGGCCCUCAGCGAGUACGACCUCCGCUCGCCGCCGCUGGAGCUCAAGGUGCUGGGAGACAUCAAAAGGCUGAUGGUGUCCAUCCGCAAGUUGCAGAAACAGAACCUGGACCUGCUGGAUGAGCUCGGCGUUCCCUUCGAGGGGCUUUCUCCGUCAGGUUCUGGGGGCACCUUGGACUGGUUGUGCAACGGAGACUCAAGCAGGGACUCUGACGGCACCGACACGGCUCCGGUGGGAGAGGAGUACCAGCAGUACACCAACGGCAAAUACAAGCAGCAGAUGAGGCGCCUGGAUCCUGAGUACUGGAAAACGGUGCUCAGCUCGGUGUACGUGGUGUUUGUGUUCGGGUUCACAUCCUUCGUCAUGGUCAUAGUGCACGAACGCGUGCCUGACAUGCGCACAUACCCUCCACUGCCAGAUAUUUUUCUCGACAGCGUUCCCCGAAUCCCCUGGGCUUUUGCCAUGGCUGAGGCGUGUGGGGUGAUCCUCUGUAACAUCUGGCUGCUGGUUCUGCUGCUGCAUAAACACAGGUCCAUCCUUUUGCGGCGCUUGUGCAGCCUGAUGGGCACCGUGUUUAUGCUGCGUUGCAUCACCAUGUUUGUCACCUCGCUGUCAGUGCCGGGACAGCACCUGCAGUGUUCUGGGAAGAUGUAUGGGGACCUGUGGGCCAAACUGCAGCGGGCUGUGGCCAUCUGGAGUGGCUUUGGGAUGACUCUGACCGGAGUGCACACGUGUGGCGACUACAUGUUCAGCGGCCACACUGUCGUUCUCACCAUGCUUAACUUUUUUGUGACAGAAUACACUCCCCGGAGCUGGAACUUCAUUCACACCCUGUCCUGGGUCCUCAACCUCUUUGGUAUUUUCUUCAUCUUGGCCGCACACGAACACUACUCCAUUGACGUGUUCAUAGCCUUCUACAUCACUACCAGACUCUUUCUAUACUACCACACUCUGGCCAACACCCGCGCCUACCAGCAGAGUCGGCGAGCCCGCAUCUGGUUCCCCAUGUUCUCCUUCUUUGAGUGCAACGUUAACGGACCCGUGCCUAACGAGUACUGCUGGCCCUUCUCCAGACCUGCUAUGAUGAGGAGGCUCAUAGGGUAGCGGACAGUUUUUUUUCAGCUUUUUUCAAGUUGACAACUAGAAUCUUUAUCGACACAGACAGCAGACAUCUGUCACCUUUUUUUAAAUUUUAUCUGCAAAACUCUUCUACAAAAGUCAUCAUGUUCCGAUCAGUUUUUUGUUACUUCAAAGGGAUAUUGUUUAUUUUAGCACAGAUAGCGUUGUUGUAGUACCUUCUGACCUGCUCUUCAUCGUUGCCUAAAGUUUUCAGCUUUUAGUUCAUCAUUUGGAUGGACAGUAAAGUUGUCUUUCCUCCUUUUGCUCUAAAAUAAUUUCCUUUAAAAAAAAGCCACAUUUUCAACUAUAAAUGUGCAUCAAGCCAUUUAAUAAAUGGUUUUCUGCGUUUAAAAUGACAUAGCGCAAAGGAUUUUUUUAAUGUUUAGUUGGAGGAAGAGCAAACCGUCGGGGUCGUGUGCAGAUCGUUAUGAUUAUGGUCUAGAAAAAUGCUUUCAGGAUGAGUUCAGUUUUAGCCAAAAUACUUUUCCAUCUGUCUUAAAUUCCAUUUGCCAAUAACUCAGUCUUCGGAUGAUCGACUCUUCAGUUUUUUUUCCCAUGUUGGAUGUGUGUAUUUUUAUUUUUAAGUAAAAGAGAUGAUUUCCUCCUUUGUGAAUGAUCAGAAAUAGAACAAAAAGGAGCUUUCCCUUAUUCUAAUUUUGUGACAUAAAUCUGCACUAAGCUGAUCUCUAAAUGUACUUUGUUUGUAUUUAUUUUCUUUUAUAUAUAUCAACAGUUAUUUUUGUAUUCCCCUAUACAGAGUUAUGGCAACAUGCACAUGGAGAAAAAAAAUGUUUACAGUUGCUCUAAACUAUGUAUUUGCAAAAUACUGUGAUGUGCUAUUUUGAUGUUUAUUUCAGUGGGUGACAUUGUGAAAUGAAGCGUCAGUUUGGCCGUUGUGGCAUUUGGGAGGGCUCUUCAUUUCCAAAUGAAAUUGACAGGCUGCUGUUUUUCUUUUAACACAGGAGGUGUUUUAUGCCACACGUUCUUGUUUCUUGUCCAACAUUUUCAUCAUUAAAAAGCUGAAAAAGCU